AUGGCUGCAGUGCCGCAGAGGACGCUUAACUGGCUCUACAGUGUCCUGACUCGAGACCAUUACGACCCCAAUCAAACCUACCAGGACCCCAAUCGCACCUACUACGAUGUCGCCAACGUCCUCGCGCAGUAUCCAUCCCUUUCACCACGAACCGAUGUAUACACCUACGAAAACGGUUUCUCUGCCUUGCUCCUCCACCUGACAGGCACAUUGCCUGUGACGUUUCGCGGCACCGUGUACAAGUUCCCGAUCGCAUUAUGGAUUCCCAAUACAUACCCGCGCGAGCCGCCGAUGGUCUACGUGACGCCGACUCAGGACAUGGCUGUCCGCGUCGGGCAGCAUGUGACGUUGGAGGGCAGAGUGUACCAUCACUAUCUCGCGCAUUGGGCUGAGGCAUGGGAUAGAUCAUCCCUCGUCGACUUCUUGCUGAUCCUCCGAGAGGUCUUCGCGAAAGAACCCCCGGUCAAGAACAAGCAGCCACAGAUUCCGCAGCGAACGCAGCCGUCAGAGCCGACGCAAGGCCCUCCUCCUCUCCCUCCUCUGCCUCCGGAGCUGGGGUCCGCUAUACCCCGUCCUCCCGCGGCUCCUCUGAGCAUUCCGCCUCAGCCAACGGACCAGGUGCCGCCCCCGCCUCCUCCGAAGCCUGGACAGGUCGUAACCGCUGGCCAGCAACAACAAGCGUCCCCAGCAGGAAGAUACGAUUCCCCUCCGCCUCUUCCUCCGCUACCGCCGAAAGAACAAGACCUACGACGGCAGUCGUUCCAACCCCAUGCGGGUUUCAGCAGUCCUGCUGCCGACCAGUCGUCGCAGUAUCUCCCUGAGCGGGAUGCGGCUCGUAGACUGUCACAUCCCCCGCAGCAGCAAUACGCUACACAGCCAAUGACGGCCUAUCCAGCGAGCGCUGGGGGUGUUGCCAGAAGCCCGCCGCCACCACAAGGCAUACCUCGCGGUCCUCCACAGCCACCGCUGCCUGUGCAGCAACAAGGCCCGACGCGUCCCCCGGGCUGGCAGCCGAACGGUGCCCGGUACCAGCAACAGCCACCCGUUCAACCGGUCGCUAUCCAAGCUCAACAUCCGCGCCAGCCCCCACAGCCAGCAGCGAAAUCCAAGGCGCAAACACCGGACCUCCUCACCUCCCCGUUCGAGCUCGAACUGCCCUCGUUCACACCCACGGGCCCCGCGCCGCCAAUUCCCCCGAACCCGGAGAAAGACGCCCUCCUGCACGCCGUCUCCAAGACCCUCGCCGAGACCGUCCAGGCGAACGCCGCGCAGUCCGAAGCCGCCGCGCACUCCCUCCUCUCCCAGUCCGAGUCGCUGCACGCCGCCAUCGCCUCCCUCCAGGGCGAAAUCGCCUCCCUCAACGCCCUCAACUCAACCCUGCAGUCCAACACCUCCAUCCUAACGCAAUCCCUCCACCGCGCCGACGCCGUCAUCGCAGACGCCCAGACCCGCAUCGCCUCCACCCAGCCUUCCUCGUCUACGUCCGCGUCCACCUCGACCGCCGCCGACGCCGGCCUCCCGCCCAUCGACGACGUCCUCGUCGCCCCCACCGUCGUCGGCAAACAGCUCUACGAUCUCGUCGCCGAGGAGCGCGGCAUCCAGCAGGCCAUCUAUGCGCUGCAGUCGGCGCUGGUCAAGGGGUUCGUCGGGGUGGAGACGUGGUCGCGGCAUACGCGCGGCCUGGCGCGCGAGGCGUUCCUGAAACGCGCGCUGAUACGCAAGAUUGGGCGCGGAAUGGGGCUAGAGGAGUCUUGA